AUGAUGAGUGUUAGAGCAGCUGCUCAUUCAGAAGAAGUGAUUAUCACUCUCUCUUUUACUCUUUCCUCUCUCUAUUUUUUAACCUUCUCACUCUCUUUUUUAUUCUUUCCUCAAUAUUUUUCUCUCUCCUCCCUUUUACUCUUUCUCUCUUUUUCCCUUUCACUCUUUCCUCAAUAUUUUUCCCUUUCUCUUUCCCGAUAUUAUUUUCUCCUCCCUUUUCCUUUCGAUAUUAUUAUUCUCUCGUCCCUUUUACUCUUUCCUCGAUAUUCUUCUCUCUCCUCCCUUUUACUCUUUCCUCGAUAUUCUCUCCUCCCUUUUACUCUUUCGAUAUUCUUCUUUUCCCUUUCACUCUUUCCUCGAUAUUCUUCUCUCUCUCCCUUUAUUCUUCUCUCUUCCUUUUUCCUUCGAUAUUCUUCUCUCUCUCUUCCCUUUUACUCUUCCUCGAUAUUCUUCUCUCUUCCUUUUACUCUUUCCUCGAUAUUCUUCUCUCCUCCCUUUUACUCUUUCCUCGAUAUUCUUCUCUCCUCCCUUUUACUCUUUUUCCUCGAUAUUCUCUCUCUCUUUUCCUCCCGAUAUUCUUCUCUCUCCUCCCUUUUACUCUUUCUCGAUAUUCUUCUCCUCCUUUUUACUCUUUCCUCGAUAUUCUUCUCUCUCCCUUUUUUUAUUCUUUCUCCUCCCUUUACUCUUUCGAUAUUCUUCUCUCUCCUCCCUUUUACUCUUUCCUCGAUAUUCUUCUCUCUCGUCCCUUUCACUCUUUCCUCUAUAUUCUUCUCUCUCCUCCCUUUUACUCUUUCCUCGAUAUUCUUCUCUCUCCUCCCUUUUACUCUUUCCUCGAUAUUCUUCUCUCUCGUCCCUUUCACUCUUUCCUCGAUAUUCUUCUCUCUCGUCCCUUUCACUCUUUCCUCGAUAUUCUUCUCUCGUCCCUUUCCUCUUUCCUCGAUAUUCUUUCUUUCCCUUUCUCUAUUCUUCUCUCUCUUCCCUUUCUCUCUUUUUCCUCUUUCCAUUCUUUCUCUCGUCCCUUUCACUCUUUCCUCGAUAUUCUUCUCUCGUCCCUUUCACCUUUUUCUAUAUUCUUCUUUCCUCCUUUCAUUCUUCCUCGAUAUUCUCCUCCCUUUACUCUUUCCUCGAUAUUCUUCUCUCUCUCCCCUUUCCCUUUUCCUCUAUAUUUUCUCUCGAUCCCUAUUCUUCCUCUAUAUUCUUCUCUCUUCCCUUUCACUCUUUUCGAUAUUCUUCUCUUCCUCCCUUUUACUCUUUCCUCAUUCUUCUCUCUCCUCCCUUUCACUCUUUCCUCUAUAUUCUUCUCUCUCUUCCCUUUCACUCUUUCCUCGAUAUUCUUCUCUCUCGUCCCUUUUACCCCUUGCCCAAUAUUUCCCAUCUUUCCGCUUUUUCACUCUUUUCUCUCUUACUCCUUCAUUUUUCUUUCUCCUCUCUCGCUUUUUUACUCCAUACUCUAUAUUUGCCUGCCUUCUUUCUCUCUACUCCUUUCUUAAUAAUUUUCUCUCCCUUCUCUGCCUUUUACUCUUUCCUCAGUAUUUUUCCUCCUCUCUUUUACAACUUCCUUAUUUUUUUAUGCUUUCUCUCUUACUCUUUCAGCCCAUCCUUUUCCCCCUCGCGCCUGGUGUCCAGUCCUUUUCCCCCCUCACGCCUGGUGUCCAGUCCUUUUCCCCCUGGUGUCCAGUCCUUUUCCCCCGCCUGGUGUCCAGUCCCAGUCCUUUUCCUUCCCCCCCUCGCGCCUGGUGUCCAGUCCUUCCCCCCCCCUGGUGUCCAGCGCCUGGUGUCCAGUCCUUUUUCCCCCUCGCGCCUGGUGUCCAGUCCUUUCCCCCCCCCCUGGUGUCCAGUCCAGUCCUCACGCCCCCCCCCUCGCGCCUGGUGUCCAGUCCUUUUCUUUUUGCUUUUCUUCACUUCUUUCUGUAG